AUGGCUCAUGUGGCUUUCGCUCCUGCCACCCAACAGACGGUCGUGACGACGACCACAACAACCACCGUCACUCUCCCUCCUCUCCUGAUCCGCCCACCUAGAGACAUGCUCAGCCGUGACCCCAAGCAAUAUCCCCUGGCCUCGACCCCUACUCCCUCUUCUCUGCAACGCUUUUCUCUCAGUGCUGGAGGUAUUCCCAUCGUCUACCAAGAGGCUCAGAAUGUCCGGGCAUCACUCGACGAGUACAAGCAACAGCAAGCACGCUUACAACAAUCCAACGGCAUCAUUCGCAGCCACCACUCUUCGUCCCAGGACUACCAUUCGCCCACUCGACCUCAAGACUUCCGACCUCCCCAGCUCAAAAGGCCCGCUUCACCACCCAGUCUUGCCGAGGCCGCAGAGCUAGCUAGUCUGCACCGUCGUAGGAGACAUCCUCGCUCGCUUCUGUCACGAACUCGCUCUGGCAUCACAUAUCCACUUGACGAUGACCAACAUCUCUCAACUUCAGACUCCACAAACCGUCCCAUGCCCGUAACUCCUGACACCGAUGCUGGCCCUGGUAACGACCGCGAGCGGCAACGACAACAUGCAAAGCAAAAGGCAUCAGUUGCGGGUCCAAGUCACUCUUUUGACCGGGAUACUGCUACUGCAACUCCUCCUGUCGCAGAGGGUGAUCUCGAACCCGUCGACAACCCCUAUCCUCGCCUCGAACAACCAAGGCCGCUGCCCGCUAGUCUACUAAGUGGCUCGCAACAAGAUGCCAGCCUCCCAAGCCCAAGUCUCUCUCCCGUCACAGCUGCCGCAAACUUGGCUCGCAGCCAUCAGCUGCUCUUGUCCACUCGUGAUGCCGACGACGAGAACGCCAGUCAGGUAUCCAGGCUGGAUCUCGAAGACAGCAUGAUGACCGAUCAGCCCGAUGCCUCUGCUAGUUUCAACGAGCCUACCGUCGACCGAGGUCAUAUUCACCAAGCCAACCAGCCUCCAUUGACACUAAUGGAUGUCCCGACAAUGAUCGAUGCUUACGAUGCUCUUCCUGAAGAUAUGCAGUCUUACGUCUUGUAUCAGAUGCUUAGACGUUCGACCAAGAUAACACUACGGACCGUUGCUUCGCUUAUCAACCCUGCAUUGAAAUGCGAUCCUCUCGAUGUCUUGCCGGUGGAACUGGGCUUGCAGAUCACAAAGUUCCUGGAUGUCAAGAGUCUUUGCCGUGCGGCUCAGGUAUCGAAGAAGUGGAGGCAUCUGAUUGACUCGGAUGAAAGAGCAUGGAAAGAACUCUUGGACAGGGACGGCUUCAACUUGCCCGAGGGCGAGAUUGAACGUGCAGUACGUGAAGGAUGGGCAUGGCAGGCUCCUUCUCUUGAUGGAUACGAGGAAGAUCUGGGGCAAUCAAGGUCAACCCGCUCGGUUUCUAGAGUCGUCGAGCUGGAGCCGUUGAGUCCUCUGGCUGCUCCCUCAGUUAGCAGCGAUGAUGCAGGAUCUUCUGCAUCGCUGCGCAUUACGAGAACCAAGAGAAAAGCAACAGGCAGCGCCAGCGGUCAGAAGAGACAGAAACGGAAGGCAUCCAGGCGCCAAGACACUUCCCCUCUUUGGAUGCACGACUUCCAAACAGCACAAGGUCCCAUUGCUUACGCGAGCGCUGCUGCCAAAGCGGUGCCAAAACCAGACGUCGGCCUCUCAAGUCUUGCAAACUUGCAUCUUUUCAAGUCCAUCUACCAAAGGCAUCACAUGAUCGCAAAGAGUUGGAUGGACGCCGAAGCAAAGCCUCAUCAUCUGGCCUUCCGUGCCCACCACCGCCAUGUCGUCACUUGCCUGCUCUUCGAUUCGGACAAGAUUCUAACCGGUAGCGACGACACCAAUAUCAAUGUCUACGAUACGCAAACUGGUGCAUUGCGAAGAAAGCUUGAGGGGCACGAGGGCGGUGUCUGGGCAUUGCAGUACGAAGGCGAUACACUGGUGUCUGGCUCAACGGAUCGCUCUGUCCGCAUUUGGGACAUUCCUUCUGGCAAGUGUCUACAGACCUUCCAGGGCCACACCUCUACCGUUCGCUGUCUGGUAAUCCUGAAGCCUGUCAAGAUUGGCACAGCUGCCGAUGGCUCGCCUAUCAUGAUGCCAAAAGAGCCCUUGAUCAUCACUGGCUCGCGUGACUCCACUCUCAGAGUUUGGAAGCUUCCUCGUCCUGGCGACCCGCAGAUUCAUCAAGCCGGUCCUCCAGCAAACGAUAGCGACAACCCCUACUCUCUGCGUGUGCUUACUGGCCAUCACAACUCAGUUCGUGCCAUCGCAGCACAUGGUGACACUCUUGUCAGUGGUUCGUAUGACUCUACAGUCCGAGUGUGGAAGAUAUCAACCGGCGAUAUGGUGCAUCGCCUUACAGGCCAUACGCAGAAAGUCUACAGCGUAGUUCUCGACCAUGCAAGAGGACGAUGCAUUUCCGGAUCAAUGGACAACAUGGUCAAGGUGUGGUCUCUUGAAACAGGAAAUUGUCUGUUCAACCUUGAUGGUCACACAUCUCUGGUGGGUCUUCUGGAUCUCAGCCAUGGACGUCUGGUCAGUGCUGCAGCGGACAGUACCUUGCGCAUCUGGGACCCUGACAAUGGAAACUGUCAAUCUAUCCUCUCGGCACACACAGGGGCGAUUACAUGCUUCCAACACGACGACCAGAAAGUCAUCAGCGGCUCGGAUCGUACACUGAAAAUGUCUAACAUCAGUACGGGUGAGUGUGUGCGUGAUUUGCUCUCGGAUCUUAGUGGAGUGUGGCAGGUCCGCUUCGACGAGAGAAGGUGUGUUGCUGCAGUGCAAAGGAACAACCUUACAUACAUCGAGGUGCUGGACUUUGGAGCAGCCCGAGAUGGUAUACCAGAGAGCAGGAGAGGACACCGAAUCGUGGUCGACCCACGCGGACGCGAGAUCGACGAUGUCGAUGCCACAGCAGAAGCGCAACCAGCUGCAGUAGCAGGCUAG